GCCCCCACGUUUGCGAGAGAUGGUCCCGACUCGAGUCCAGAAUCAUAUAGUCAGCCUCAGCCUCCGACCGCUUUCGUUCGCUCCCAAUUCUUCACCGUUCCUCCCGACCACCAUUGACUCUCUUGGACUAAACAAGCAGAAUCUGAACCUCCACCGCACCGCACAAUGGAGGCUCUUCUCCGCCAAUCGAGGGCCAUGUGUCCGUUCCUGAACAAGACGUCCCCAGCGACUCUGCGCACCCUCUCCACCAGCACCAGCGUCCAGCAGACUGCUCCGGGCGGCGGCGCCAUGACCAAUCUGCAGACAAUUGCACGCCGCUGCCCCAUCAUGGGCAAGGCUCUGUCCGUCCGCAGCGCCCAGGUCGGCAACGCCGCUCUGGCUGGAGCUUUCGGUGGCUCUCGUGCCUACCACGCCAAGCUUCCUCGCGCCAGCCUGCAUACCACCAGUGCGAAGGAGGCCAAGGCUGUUGACAUGCCUCAUCGUGCCCGCGACCAGCACCCUCCCUACCUGAACCCAUCUUCUGCGAAAUCCUCCGCCGCCACCCACUCCGCUGUCAAGCAGGGUCCAGCCGCUGCACCACCCCCACCGAAGCCGACCACCUUCGACUAUGACGCAUUCUACAAUGCCGAGUUGGACAAGAAGCACAAGGACAAGUCCUACCGUUACUUCAACAACAUCAACCGCCUGGCCCAGGAAUUCCCGCGGGCCCACAUGUCUGCUAGAAAUGAGCGCGUGGACGUAUGGUGCUCCAACGACUACCUCGGCAUGGGUCGCAACCCACAGGUUCUGAAGAAGAUGCACGACACUUUGGACAUGUACGGAUCUGGUGCAGGGGGCACUCGCAAUAUCUCGGGGCACAACCAGCAUGCAAUGAACUUGGAAGCGACAUGCGCCAAAUUGCACAACAAGGAGGCCGCCCUCGUCUUCUCUUCAUGCUAUGUGGCGAACGAUGCCACGCUGGCUACUCUGGGCAGUAAGAUGAAGGACUGCGUGAUUCUGAGCGACAGCAUGAACCACGCGUCUAUGAUUCAGGGUAUCCGCCACUCCGGCGCAAAAAAGAUUGUCUUCAAGCAUAACGACGUGGAAGACCUGGAGGAUAAGCUGGCCUCCCUCCCCGCCGAAGUUCCCAAGAUCAUUGCUUUUGAGAGUGUGUACAGCAUGUGCGGCAGCAUUGGCCCCAUUGAGGAAAUCUGCGACUUGGCCGACAAGUAUGGAGCAAUCACCUUUUUGGACGAAGUUCACGCAGUCGGCAUGUACGGGCCAAAUGGAGCCGGUGUCGCUGAACACCUCGACUACGAUGCAUAUGCAAGCGGAAUGCACCUCAAGGGCACGGUCAUGGAUCGCAUUGACAUCAUCACGGGAACUCUUGGCAAAGCUUAUGGUUGCGUGGGAGGCUACAUUGCUGGAAAUGCCAACAUGGUCGAUACCGUUCGCUCGCUCGCGCCAGGAUUCAUCUUCACAACCUCUCUCCCUCCCGCCACCAUGGCUGGAGCUCAGACUGCCAUUGAGUACCAGAUGAGCUACCAGGGCGAUCGCCGUCUUCAGCAACUCCACACCCGCGCCGUGAAAGCCGCUCUGGACGCCAACGAUAUCCCCGUCAUUCCUAACCCAUCCCACAUCAUCCCCGUUCUUGUCGGAAACGCCGAAUUGGCAAAGAAGGCCUCGGACUUGCUUCUGGAGAAGCACAAAAUUUACGUGCAAGCCAUCAACUACCCGACCGUGCCCGUCGGCCAGGAACGUCUCCGCAUCACGCCGACGCCCGGCCACGUCAAGGAGUUCCGCGAGCAUCUUGUCCAGGCUCUCGACAGCGUGUGGAACGAACUUGGCAUCAAGCGUACUUCGGACUGGGCUGCCGAAGGUGGUUUCAUUGGUGUCGGCGUGAAGAAUGCCGAGCCUGUAGAGCCACUUUGGACGGAUUCUCAGCUUGGCCUUGACGAUGUUGCUCGCAACAUGAAGCAGGACGGCGCUCAUGGAGUUCUCGAGAACGUCCUUGCGACCGAGGUCCGCCAGACUCGUCAAGCUGUCGCUGCUGCUGCCUAAUUUGCGCUUCACCCUUGCACUAUGAUAUGCCAGUUUAUUUCUUCGAGCUUUGAAGGCAUCUCACUUGUUGAUGACAGUGGACGAUGGAAGAAAGGAUCUGAAACGGAAAUUUUGAGACGUUUUAUUGGAAAUACAACUCACUGAAUACAAUUCCCGAACCCGCCGGGACAGUUUUCUCUGCUCGCGCUCUAAAACUGCGCUUGAGCUUCGCCGCUUUUGUCGGCAAC